AUGGACAUAGACUAUGCUAUUAGGAAAGACGAACCACCAGCAUUCACUGAUACCAGCACUAUUGCAGCCAUUGCACUUUAUGAGCGAUGGGAGCAAUCUAAUCGCCUCAGCAUGAUGUUCAUUAAGACUAGAAUUUCUGCUGGUAUUCGUGGUUCUGUUGAUCAGCAUGAAAAGGUCCGAGACUUGCUGAAAGCCAUUGAUGAACAAUUUGUCACUUCAAACAAGGCAUUAGCAAGUACCCUGAUCAUGAAGUUCUCAUCCCUAAGGCUCACCGGUGUGAGAGGUGUGCGUGAGCACAUCAUGCAAAUGAGGGACAAUAUGGCUCAAUUAAAUAAACUCGAGGUUGAAAUGUCUGAGUCCUUCAUGGUGCACUAUAUCCUGAACACCCUCCCGCAUCAAUAUGGACCCUUCAAAAUCUCAUACAACACACAUAAGGAUAAAUGGUCAAUCAAUGAACUCAUGACCAUGUGUGUUCAAGAGGAAGGGAGACUGAUGAUAGAACAAGGUGAAAGUGCAAUGCUGGCAACGCAUAGAAAGGAUAAAACUCAAGCCAAUAAGAAAGGGAAAUUCAAAAUACCUCCCCAAGGCGGUAUCAAGAAAGAUUCCAGGUGUUUCUUCUAUAAAAAGAAGGGACACGUGAAGAAGGAAUGCGCCAAAUUUCAGAAAUGGUUUGCAGACAAAGGGUUUGCAAAACUUAAGGAAGUCAGUGGGAAGUGA